AUGAGCAGCCAGAACUCGAGCUUCUCCUCUAGCGGCAGCGAGGGAGCUGCUCUGCCAUGGAUCCUGGAGCACCUACUGGCAUAUCCCGGCAGCUAUGAGAUCCCUCUGCGCACCAUGUACACUCUCAACUCUUCUCCCCGGACGGCAGAUCUGUCCAGCAUAUCCCCUAGCUUGACUGGCUCUGCUUUCUCUCGAGCUCCGACAACUCCGUCUCCAACCAGUUCUGCACCUUCUUCACGUCAUGAGAAACACGGAUCAAGCGACUCUGCCAUGUCAGACACCGCUGCUAGGUUCAAGGCCCAGAUGAUGGCCCAGAUAGCGCAGCUACCCUCGCAGCCAGCUUCUCUUCCGCCCAGCUUCAUCACCUCUUUUGUUCGGCGGUCUUUCCCACCCGUACUGGAAGAUGUGGAUUUCCCUCAGGCUCUGACUGCGCUAGAUUACCUCAGAGACCUCGAGAACCGCCGCAAAAGAGAGGUCGUCAAUGCGUUUGACAGACUGGGGCUCACCGGAACCGACAGCGAGAGACUGGAGCUCUCGAGACGGUAUCCAGGUGUCCUCGCGUGGGUCAAGGCCAUAGAAAGGAAGGAGAGAGACGUUAUUGCCCUCUACACUCAAGUAUACCUCCGCAUCAGAUAUUGGGCUCUGGUCAAUGAGAUGCUUCUCACUCCAUUCAACAGAUACAACUGUAUCGCAUUGUUGAACACUCUUUUCCCUCCGCUGGAUUCCAGGCCGCCCACUCCACAUCUUAAUGGAAAGCUGUUGCUGGACCAUCGAAUGCGUUUCUACGACUACAUUUCCUCCUUCGAGAAAAAGGGAGUCCAGGUACUAAAACCUGUCAUCGAGCAAGACAGACGGCCAGGCGAGAAGACCGGCUGGCCUGUAGCCAGAGGCAUGAUUGAUAGCUACCUCAAUCUAGCCAAUAAUAUCAUCAACGAAUGCUCUGAAGUCACCGGUUGCCAACACUUUGCAGAAACCGAAGCAGGACAGCGCAAAGGAAGAAAAGUCGACUCUGGAAUUAGCUUCACAUCAUCCGAACGCCCAUCCACAAGUGGGAGUUCCUCUAGCAGCUCCAAAAACUCUACAAAACCCUCCACCCCUCUGUCUCAAAACACACAGGCCAAGGGCUCGAAUGGAUCGACUCUAGAGAGAAUUGCGCGGGAAAUCAAGAAACUAAAAUCCCGUGGUGACCUUAGAGAAGCGGCAAAAGAACCGUCAAAACGACCAAACACCGUUAAGAAGAUUAAGUCUUCUGGUCUCCUCAGGGAAACCAUGCGCAGCUUGUCCAUGACCGACGAGCCAACCUUCGACCCAGACAAAUUCAAACAACAGAGAAAGCAGUGGGAGGCAAAGAAUGCACACAAGCUCAGACAAGCUACUGAGUGA